AGUCAUUCGUGGAUAAAUAUGCUUUGCAAAUGAUGUCACAAAACUUUUCAUAGAAUUCAGAAGUUUGGCUCAUUGUUAAGAAAAAAAUGCCAAGAAAACUAUGAAAAUAUAAUCGGUUACUUGUCAAAUAUACUUUUUCACAAUAAAAAACAAGUCAACAAGUACAUAUUUUUGUUUUGAGUCUUACAGGUUCGGAUGGUCAUUCCUGAAACGAAGAGUUUCUAUGACGUCAUCGAAGCCGUAUAAGACAUAGAAGAUGCCUACAAACAAUAGGCAGUUGUCAAUCAAUUUCAUUCUAAUUUCAAUUUAUGUAUUUUGAAGUUACGUGAGGUAAAUUGUUUUUUUUUUCUAGUCUCAAGCCUAAGCCAUAAUCUUUACUUGGCCAUGGAAGGCCCAGCACACUAUUUGUUAUUACUGCUGAUCUGUAGCUCAGUGAGCUGUGGACCCACUGAGCUUACCAUAGAAGUGGGAGCUGGCAAGACAGAGUGCUUCUUCGCAUCUGCCAAGAUAGGUGAAUACAUUGAUAUCGAAUAUCAGGUGAUUGAUGGAGGUCAGGGCGAUAUCGACAUUAACUUCCAUCUGCACAGCCCUACCGGUCGUCAGAUCGUCUCCGACUACAAAAAGUCAGACAAUGCGCACAGGCGAGCCGCCGAGGAGGAGGGCGACUACAAGGCCUGCUGGGACAACUCCAUCAGCCGCUUCAACAACAAGCUGGUGUUCUUCGAGGUGGGCGUGGAGCGCGAGGACGGCGGCGAGGUGUGGGACAGCAUCGAGCACGAGUUCGGAACAGAGGGGGAGGUCUACGACAUCAAACUGCAGGACAUCCAGGACGCGGUGGGCCGGGUGCGCCAGCAGCUGCUCCAGAGCCGGCACGUACAGGACCAGCUGCGAGUGUUCGAGGCGCGCGACCGCAGUGUGGCAGAGACCAACUUCGAGCUGGUGGCCAACUGGUCGCUGAUGCAGAUCGUCGUCAUGGUCGGCGUGGGAAUCAUUCAGGUGGUGAUGGUGAGGAGUUUGUUCGACGACCGGUCAGCCUUCAGCAAGGUGUGGAAGUACAAGGUGCUGAGCUGAUGUACCCGGGGAGCCGGCCGCUGCGUCUGGUCCGCUGGUUCCGCCCGCUGACGCCAGGUGGCAGUUUUGCAAGGACGACAGGGGGCGCAGCGAGCGGUCCGUCGGAGCACGCCGAAAGGUUGGACACGGGGCAUUACGCUGUGGUGAGGGGACCGGGAGUGCGUGAUAACCACAAGGCACAAAUGACGGAGGGAUCGGACAGCGGUGCCGAAGUGUGAACCUCGAGUGAACACGCUGGUGUGCGGGCACGUGAGACAUUUAAUCUUGUCCCACUUGUGUGAUAUUGGGUCGGGGCUUUGUUUAGCAUGAGGCAUCAGUCAGCCAGGGCGCGGGGGAUACUCGAGUCGCGCAGUUCGGGGCAUUCCGUGAUAUUCUGUGGAUGUUUUGUUCGGACUUGAGAUUCUUGAUCACCUUCUUUGAGAUUUGCAAUGCUGAUGAGUUGUCCCUGUCGUCUCGUAACCCGUUCGAUCCUAUUGCUUUUUGGUUCCGAGAUUCGGGAUUAUUUUCACGAGAUUUUCUUGGAUGAUUUUGUUUCAACAGUGUUGAUUUGGUAUGUAUCGGCCAGUAUGAGCUUCCGUGGUUAAUUAUGUUUGCCAUUAUACACUGGUCAGUGUAAGUCAGUCAGUCGUGACGCCCUGUCCGCGACUCGGGCGGUUCCAGUGGUGUGGUCGCGCGCUGUGACAAGUCCUCUGAGGCGUCAGUGAGUGCCCGCGCCUGUCCUGCGCGGGACAGCUGAACCCUCGAGUCGCUAGCCGCCGCGACUGUGACCGUGUGUGGGGCUCAACGGUGGGUGGUGGGGCCACGCCGCACGGUGGACGGGGGCCGCACCCCGCACCCCUCCGCCAGUACAAGGGGCCGCGCCGGUCAUAUCUAGUCUCCGGUCCGAGGGGCCGGGCCCGCUCAGUGUCCCGUGGGGACCCCGCUGGCGCUGGCACCGCGGGCAGUAAAUCUGACCGCACAGAGGGUGGACGUGUGUUGUGAUUCGCACGUUUUCAAUAAACUGUCCGAGGUGAAA